AUGAUGAGGCUUUUUCAGCGUCAUGACCUUGCCCCAGACGAGAACGAGUGGGAUGAAAUGUUCAGCAAUUUCUGCGAACAUGUCUAUCCGUUAUUCCCAUUCUUCCACCUUCCAUCUCUUGAAGCGAUCUACUCAGGCAUUUGGACACUUUUUCGAAGACAACUUUACGAGCGAGCAGACACAGUGGUACCUAGUGCAGACGAACUUGCACAUGUGCUGAUCUGUCUUGCUCUUGGACGCUGCACACAUUCGGCGCGGACUUCUACAUUGGAAGGAUUUCGCUCCAGCGGCUGGAAGUUUUACACUGCUGCAGCUGAGAGUGUCGGCCCCCUGUUUGACCCGAUUCGUGACGCGGACGUGACAGUCGAGCGGCUGCAGACCUUGACUUGCAUGGCAUGGUACUUGAUACGUCUCGAUGCAUAUGAGCUUGCCCACAAGAUAGUCGGAUUGGCCGUACAACAGGCACACACCUUAGGCAUUCACCGCGAGACCGUCGUUGAAAACAUGCCAGUCUUCAGAUCCGAGCUUGCGAGGCGCGUUUGGCACACCAUUUACAUCUUGGACCGGCGGCUCGCACUUGAUAUUGGGCGGCCAUUGUUGAUUCACGACUACCAUGUAGAUACCGAUCUGCCUCACGACCUUCACACCGACUGGAUGGAAGAGCAGAAGACCUCUGAGCAGCCAAUGAAAAUGAUGCGCGACGCGCUCAAGGCAGCACAGUCCGCCGAGACUACGCCCAUUAGCUACUUGCGGGUCAUGACCGGUUAUUCGCACCUUGUUGGAAAGAUAUGUGACGCAGUAUACGAUGUCGGGGACACGAAGAAGUUCGGUAACAACAUGCAUCUCGCCGAGUUCGAGGCACGACUCCUUGCCUGGUCCAGCACACUUCCUCCAACACUCGCAUGUGAUGUUGAAAGCUUGCGUGAAGCCAAGCAAGGUGACCAGCCAUGGCAAAGUAGGCAGCGGAUUCUCAUUCUUGUGCGUAUCAUAUGGCUGCGAAUAUUGAUGCUGAGGCCACUACAGCCACGAAAAGACUCAAGAUGCUGGAUGGCGAACGGUGAUAUCUCCGCUACCGCCAUCUCACUGGCCAGUUCUAUUAUCGAGAUCUUCGCACAGGUGAUGGAUUCAUACCAGCUGUAUCAUUUUCCUUUCGCCCAUUACUUGAUAGGCGCCACGUCCAUCGUGCUUAGCAUAGUGGCAAGCAAGCCUUUUUUCAGACAGCAGCACUAUGGUCAGUUGGUUGCAUCUGCCAUCGGGAUGAUUCAGACAUUCUGUCAAAAGAUCUGGGUCUCUGGGAGAACAGCACGGACGGUUGAGCGAUUGCGAACCUUAGCUAGAAAAGUGUUUGACACUCGCAUGGAAACAAAACCUGGCAUUGCGCUCGCAGACAGCGUUCUACCGACCCCAGAGUCCUGGCAACCAUCAACAGGCAGCACCGUGAAUGGAAGUGUCAGACCUGUCGAAGAGGGCUCGUCUUGUGCAACAAAUUAUAGAAGUCAGUCACAUUUCGGUGGGUCUCACAGUCAACAGAUUCAUCAACGGAAUAGCGAUAGUUUAGGCCAGCAAAGUUCUUGGAAGGAGAAUAGUGCACUCGGUAACCAAGGCCCCCAGAAUACUGCCUCCAGCCUCAUGCCUGAUAUCGAGAGCACAUCGGGGACAUACCAAUGGUCCGACGACCGUGAGAACACUGUACCGCUAGUGGUGUCUGACUUCGAUUUCGAAGUGGAUAUCGGGUCCGCUUUUGAUCAAAACAUCGGAUCGUGGAAUCAGACCUUACAAUCUACAGAUUGGACUUUGAGUGCAGUACAUGGUGCACCUCCAGACCUCCUUGGCGAUGCAAUCUUCAAUUUCAAUACUGUGGAAUACGAGACUGCAUAA